AUUAUAUCCACACCACAUGCGGCGACUUGAACAAAGAAGUAGCUGCAUUUCUCCCCAGAUCAUCUAAUCUUCUCUGCUACACCACAUGCAAUAUGCACUCAGCACACCGAGAGACCUCUCAUCUCAUCCGCAUGCAAAUCCUCGACCCACCCAGACAGGCACUCUCACAUCGACCCUGAGCUCACAUCAUGCGAAAGGACAUGCAAAAUAGAAACAACGAGAGCCACAGACAGACACACGUCCGCGUCGCUGAUGAUGAAAUCGUUGGUGAUGAUAUGAAAGGCGCCUGCAGCACUUCUAUCUCAUCUGCAUGAAACCUAUACGACCCGCCCAGCAGAGCACCGACGCUCGACUCCCCCGUAUAGCCCGCAGGCAUAAAGCUGCUGGUAGUGUACUGCGCACAGUUGCGGAUGUCGCCAUCAUGUACCCACCCAUCUUCCGGUACCCACCGAUACAACUCGUCCAACUUCAGGUACCCACCCAACCUCCGGUACCCACCAAUCAUCACACUCACACCGCCCGCACUGUGCCCCGCCACCAUCACAUCCACCCCCUGAUACAUUUCGCGGGCGUCGAUCUUGGUCGGCUUGGCGAAAUGCCCGGCCAGCGAAAACCAUCGCACGUCACACUCAUAGUCGUUGUAGUCGGUCGGGUCAUCGGGCAGCUCCAGACCGCAAUUGAUGUGAACGCCGAAGACAUACUUGUCCUUUCUGAUUACAAACACGAGAGGCUCUGCGUCGCCCACACUGUUCAGCAGGUCAUCGUAAGUGGUGCCGUGCACAGACGACCUACGCCACACACACACACACACACACAUCUCUCUCUCUCUCUCUCUCUGUGUGUGUGUGUGUAUGAUUGCGUACCGAUACAGUGAGGUGACAUUGUCAGUGCCCAUCAAGUCGAGCAGCCCCUCAUACUCUGACGCGGACAACGAUGUGUUCUCAGGUGGGACACCAGCUGCACUCGAGGACCGCUGUAAUACCCAUCCACAAAGCACUCAUCGCAUGCCAAAUCGAAACAUCCCCCCUUCCUUACCUACUAUUCCCAACCACGUGAAGCACCUCUAUCUCAUCCGCAUUGAAAUCGGAUUUAUACGACCCCAGAUGAGCAUCGCCAUUCCAAUCGCGCUCCCCCGUAUAGCCCGCAGGCACGUCGUCGCUGUCGGUGAUCUGCACACAGCUGCGGAUGUCGGCAGCCGACCGGUCACUGUCCUUAGCGUCACCCAACCGCAGGUACCCACCGAUUCUCACAUUCCCGCGCUCCCCUCCCUCCCCGUCACCCCCACCCACUGCUUGUCUUCGUCGACAUCAAUCUUGGUCGGCUUUGCGAAGUGGCCGGCCAGCGAGAAAUGCCACAAAUCACACUCAUACUUGUGGAGUCUCGUGGAGUUGUCGGUCAGCUGCAGACCGCAAUUAAUAAAGGCGCCGAAGACAUACUUGUCCUUUCUGAUUACAAACACGAGAGGCUCUGCGUCGCCCACACUGUCCAGCAGGUCAUCGUAAGUGGUUCCGUACACAGACGUCCUACGACACACACACAUACACACAGAGAGAGAGAACGCCACACACACAUGCAUCACGUCAUGCAUCUAUCUCUCUCUCUCUGUGUGUGUGUGUGUAAUUGCCUACCGGUACAGUGAGGUGAGUUCCGUGCCAUUGUCAUUGCCCAUCAAGUCGAGCAGCCCAUCAUAUUCAAACCCGGACAACGACGUGCCGUUAGGCGGGGACACCCAUCCGCCGUCAUACCCAUCCACCUGCAGCACCUCCAUCUUAUCCGCAUGGAAGAAGUCCGACCCGCCCAGAACUGCACCACCGCCGUGAUACUCCCCUGUGUAGCCUUCAGGCACAUCGUCGCUGUGGGUGUACUGAUAGCAGCUGCGGAUGUCGGCAGCCGGCCGGCCACUGUUCUCGUCGUCACCCAAAUACAGAGCCCCACCGAUCUUCACAUUCGCACCCCACGCACUCCCCUCCCUCCCCGCCACCCGCACAUUCUGCUCCCUUCGGAGCUUGGUCGGCGUGUCGAAGUGGCCGGCCAGCGAGAAAUGCCACAGGUCACAGUCGUACCAGUGCCUGCCGGUCGGGUCGUCGGGCAGCUUCAGACCGCAAUUGAUGAAGGCGCCGAAGACGUACUUGUCCUUUCUGAUGACAAACACGAGAGGCUCUGCGUCGCCCACACUGUCCAGCAGGUCAUCGUAAGUGGUGCCGUUCACCGACGACCUACGCCACACACACACACACACACACAAAACACACACCUCUCUCUCCCUCUGUGUGUGUGUCUGUAUGAUUGCAUACCGGUACAGUGAGGUGACAUUGAGUUCUGUGCCAUUGUUACUGCCCAUCAAGUCGAGCAGUGCCUUAUACUGUGACGCAGACAACGACGUGCCCUCAGGCGGAGACACCGGCUGCCCGCCCACGCGCAGCACCUCUAUCUCAUCCGCAUGGAAAUUCUCCGACCCGCCCAGCACAGCACUGCCAGGUUCGCUCGACACGCCCACAUAGCCCUCAGGCACAUGCCACUUCCUCUGACGGCAGCUGCGGAUGUCGGCAGCUGGCUGGUCACUGUCCUCGUCGAUACCCAGCCGCAGGGACUCACUGAGCGGCCCACCGAUCUCCACAUUCGCACCCCACACACGCCCCUCCCUCCCCGCCACCCACACCCACUGAUCGUCUUCGUCGAACUCGAUCUUGGUCGGCUGGGCGAAGUGGCCGGCCAGCGAGAAAUGCCACAGAUCACACCAGUACUUAUGGCUGUCGGUGGGGUCGUCGGGCAGCUUCAGACCGCAAUUGAUGAAGGCGCCGAAGACGUACUUGUCCUUUCUGAAGACAAACACGAGAGGCUCUGCGUCGCCCACACUGUCCAGCAGGUCACCGUAAGUGGUGCCGUUCACCGACGACCUACGCCACACACACACACACACACCUCCCUCUGUGUGUGUGUGUGUGUGUGAUUGUGUGUGAUUGCAUACCGGUAUAGUGAGUUGAGGUCUGUGCCAUUGUCACUGCCCAUCAAGUCGAGCAGCCCCUGAUACUCUGACGCAGACAACGACGUGCCCUCAGGCAGGGACACCUGCUGCUGAACUCGACGGACUUGCACACAAGGCACAGCCACAGAGCAAAUGACUAAUCCAAUGAACGAAUGGGCCACAGCGUACCUGUUGGGCCUCCGAGUCAGUCCACGCCAAGCUGAGAGUCACCAGCAGCAGCGCAGCACACCUGCAGUGUCGUGCCAUCGCGUUGACGAAAGAAAGUUUUUCUCGUUCAGUCCAGCCACAGGCAGCCUAUGUGAUGAACAAGACAGCAGUGAGCGAGACGACGGGAGAGGGUGUAGGCAGAGAGAGAG